AUGGCAGGUUUUUGGAAUAUUCCAAUAAUUGCCUAUAUGACUGCGUCGAAUUCACUAACCGACAAAAACAUCUACAAAACACUCUCAAGAAUAUCGAUGCGUUCGACGAAUUCUUUCGCUGAAGCAACAGCCGCACUACUGAAUCAUUAUAAGUGGUUAAAAGUCGCUCUAGUAACAAACACCGGAUCUGUGGCAUACGAACGUGUUACAUCAUUCGAGGAGGUGUUUGCGAUUAGAGGUAUUUCGGUGGUCAAGCGAAUAAUGUUCGACGAAAAUGCCGAUUCGGCAGCGAUGAGGUCGACUGGACUCAUUCACGAACUACGCAACAAUGCUAGAAUUAUAAUUUGUGUGUUCUCGUCGACACGUCAACAGUCUCGUGAAUUCAUGAGCGCAACCUCCUCAGAAAGACUUCAGGCCAAGGAAUUCGUUUUCAUUCUUCCGUGGUUACAAGACGGUAGUCGAGAUGCAUCACCAUGGGUUGGCCCUGAUGGCGAAAUGCAACAAAAAAUCAAAGACCAAUACGCUAACGCUAUUAUCAUUGAUGAUGUGAAUGGCUUCGACAACACAGUAGUUCAACCGUUCCUCGAAAGGAUCGAAUUGAGUGGAUUGAAGCAGGAAGAUGUUGACAUUGUAACUGAUGCUAAUCUCUUUGAGGGUAACAUCUACGCUUAUUUGUAUUUGUUCGAUGCACUCAAGUUGUAUGUGCUAGCCGCUCAGAGGACUUACAAUUCAACCGGAGAUCCGAUGUCGAUACGUGAUGGACGAUUGGAAAACUACAAGACACAAAAGAAAUUUAAUGCGAUGAAUUUGAUUCCAGAAAUCCAGCAGUCGAAUAUUUCAGGGAUGCUCGGGCCGUCGGGCGUCGCAUCCGGAAAGGUGACGAUGGAUGAUCGGGCCGAUCGAGCACCUCUCUAUCGCGCCUUCUUCGUAUCACCACUUCGUGACCAAGCUCUUCCUAUGGUCAAUAUGGAACCGACGUUCGUGAACGGUUGUGAUGGACUGAUAAAUAGGAGUGGUUGUUAUGAAAUUGUCAUCACUGAUCUUAUGACCGGAUUUUGGCCAUCAGCAGACGGAUCGAUGCCUUUGGAUGAUCCCGUGUGCGGUUUUCGUGGUGAGAAAUGCGACUACACGCUAUUGAUCAUAUGCGGUGCACUGGUUGUGUUCGUGAUUUGUUGUGCGAGUGCGAUAUUCGGCAUUAAUAGAUAUCUGUUAGUUUCAGUUCAACAUUUGACAAUCGCAGCGAGAACUUACUUAGGAUGA